AAAUAAAAGGUAGAUUUCCCCUCCCAAACUUCCAACUCUUCUCUCCUUCGUUUCCUCGUCGGCACACCUUGAAUCAAGCAUUCUGAUCUGCCAAUUUUUCCUUCUUCAUCCUCGCGCAAGCAACACCAGACCCUUCUCGUCAGCUAGCUGAACAACCGCCACCAUGGGUAACAAGGAGAAGGCUCACCUCAACGUCGUCGUCAUCGGACACGUCGACUCCGGCAAGUCGACGACGACCGGCCACCUCAUCUACAAGCUGAAGGGUAUCGAUGCCCGUACGAUCGAGAAGUAUGAGAAGGAAGCCGCUGAGAUGGGCAAGGGCUCCUUCAAGUACGCCUGGGUUCUGGACAAGCUCAAGGCUGAGCGUGAGCGUGGUAUCACCAUCGACAUUGCCCUCUGGAAGUUCGAGACUGCCAAGUACAAUGUCACCGUCAUCGAUGCCCCCGGUCACCGUGACUUCAUCAAGAACAUGAUUACUGGUACCUCGCAGGCCGACUGCGCCAUUCUCGUCAUUGGCGCCGGUACCGGUGAGUUCGAGGCUGGUAUCUCCAAGGAUGGCCAGACCCGUGAGCACGCUCUGCUUGCCUUCACCCUCGGUGUUAGGCAGCUCAUCGUUGCCGUCAACAAGAUGGACACCGCCAAGUGGGCCCAGAGCCGCUACGACGAGAUCGUCAAGGAGACCAAGAACUUCAUCAAGAAGAUUGGCUUCAACCCCGACACCAUCCCCUUCGUCCCCAUCUCGGGCUUCAACGGCGACCACAUGAUCUCGGAGUCCCCCGACAUCAAGGCCAACAUCUCCCCCAACGCUCCCUGGUACAAGGGCUGGACCAAGACCGUCACCAAGGACGGCAAGAAGGAGGUUGUCGUCGGUGGUGCUUCGCUCCAGGACGCCAUUGACGAUGUCACUCCCCCCAAGCGCCCCACCGACAAGCCCCUGCGUCUCCCCCUCCAGGAUGUUUACAAGAUCGGUGGUAUCGGCACAGUGCCCGUCGGCCGUAUCGAGACUGGUAUCCUCAAGGCCGGCAUGGUCGUCACCUUCGCGCCCUCCAACGUCACCACUGAAGUCAAGUCCGUCGAGAUGCACCACCAGCAGCUGGUUGAGGGUGUUCCCGGCGACAACGUUGGUUUCAACGUGAAGAACGUCUCAGUCAAGGACAUCCGCCGUGGCAACGUCGCCGGUGACACCAAGAACGACCCCCCCAUGGGCUGCGCCUCGUUCAACGCCCAGGUCAUCAUCCUGAACCACCCCGGUCAGGUCGGUGCUGGCUACGCUCCGGUCCUGGACUGCCACACCGCCCACAUUGCCUGCAAGUUCUCCGAGAUGGUUGAGAAGCUCGACCGCCGUACCGGCAAGUCCAUCGAGGCCAACCCCAAGUUCAUCAAGUCGGGUGAUGCUGCCAUCGUCAAGAUGGUUCCGUCCAAGCCCAUGUGUGUUGAGACCUUCUCCGAGUACCCUCCCCUGGGUCGCUUCGCCGUCCGUGACAUGCGUCAGACCGUCGCUGUCGGUGUCAUCAAGAGCGUCGAGAAGGCCGCUGCCGGUUCCGGCAAGGUCACCAAGUCUGCUACCAAGGCUGCCAAGAAAUAAGCUGCUCAACCACCAGGAGCAAAAAGUCCCGAGACGCGGGAGGCAAGCCAUACCCAUCGGCGUCGCUAUUACAUGAUCGCGCCAAUCAUGAGAGGGGUCUCGGUAUUCGCCUCAGCGCAUGGAAAAGAGUUCUCGCUUGUUUUGGGGCACAUUUGAGAGGAACGGGUCUGGGAUUUCUGGGAUUCAACACUUCUUCUCCCAUAGUGUGCUUUGGUACAAAAUAGAGGCUCGUAGAAAGUGAUUUCAAAGUUCAAAAAAAAAGAAAGAAAAGCAAAUCUCGAUCCGCCCCAAUCUUGCGUAUGUGACGAAGCAAUAUGCUGAUUAUGUGUUUGUCCUGGUGCCUGC